AUGUCAGACACCGGCCGUAAAGAUAUCUCAGAUAAAAUUGAAUCAGCUGUCAAGCCAGAUUCCCAAAAGUCCACUCUUGACAAGGGUAAGGACACUGUUACUGACAAGGUCGACAACCUCGUUGGCGACAACACCCGUAGUGGUGACAAGUCAUUUGUUCAACAAGCUUCUGAUGCCAUUUUCGGUGAAAAGAAGUAA